AUGCACUCUCACAAGCGUCGCGCAAACAUUCUCGACACCGUUCCACCCAAGGCGAAGCGGCCACGCCGGACCGCGGUAAAUGCGCCUCCACCGGUGACAGACGCGGUCUAUAAGGAGUUCUGCGCGCUCCCAAGCUUCGACCUCUCACGCAGCCACUUCGUCGGGCUCUGCGCCUAUCUGUACACCAUCCUCAGCUGGGGUUACGCUACAUCGACGGUGCGCCUCGACGCCUUUAUCAGGGGCUCGUCUGCCUACCACGACUACCUUGGACGAUUUCACGGUGACGACACAGGAUCCACCGUGCGCCGUGUCCCCUCCUAUCACCAGUGGCUGUCCGAUCAUGGCCCAGAACGCGUUGAGCACCCUCGAGGUACCAUCAUGUCCGAGAGCCGCCUCCGAGACAUUGCGAGGGAGAAUCCGUUCGAUUUCGUGUACGCAGAACUCAGGCUCGGGUACCUGGCGGUGGUGAAUCGGGGGACACUGUUGGCCGAGGAUUGGGAUGCUGCCUUGGGUUCUAUUGGGCUGGGGACUUAA